AACCAUGAGGUAGCAUUCAAGGCUUUCUUUAUUCUCUUCGUUUGUGUUUUAUUAGAAGUUUUUUUUUUCUUGUUAUCUUACGGAAUACUCGCGAUAGGCUUACUGUCAUUAGCCUGUGUGACUUGGCUAUAGGGUCCAAUUGCAUUUAUCAAAUUACAUGGGGGUCUAAUCCUCGUCGAUCAUAGCCUAGAAUAGACACAACCAGCGGCGCUUUUGAACUAAACGAGUUGCACAGAUGGCUGCGGUGCUCUGUAGGACUGGUCUCCCGGACCAGUUUGCUUACCGAGGGGUUGAUGGGAAUCAUAUCCCUUUUUCAACAGCAGCCAAACGGUUUAUUCAGUCGAGCAGGUGUGAAUUGGUGAGCCCUAUUGAUCCAGACUUGGGUUUAGGAUUGUUCAAGCGCAUGCCAGUUAAGAUGGUUCUUAGGGAAUUUUCUAUCAAGGAGACGGGAGCAGCCGAGACACGGUCGAUCCCGCAAUGGUCGACACAGCACUUUGAGGCUACUGGUCGGCCACUCCGCAUCGCCAUAGACCAGUCUAAUUGGUGGUAUCGAAACAUCACCGCCGAUAAGGAGGCUGAAAUCAAGACAAAAAUUCCUGGUUCUCAUCCUAGAGAAAAACGGAUAAUGGAUCGGAUAUUCUAUCUUUUACGGAUGAACAUACAGCUCAUAUUUGUCUUCGACGGGCCAAACAGGCCCCUAAAGAAGUGGCCAGUAGAAUACAGCUACAGCGAGUCAAACAUAAGGCUCCUCAAAGAGCUGCUCGACCAGCUCGGUGUUCCCCGGCACGACGCUCCUGGCGAAGCAGCAGCCGAGUGUGUCCGGUUGCAAGAGCUCGGGGUCAUAGACGCCAUCUGGACGGACAACACAGACGCCCUCAUGUUCGGCGGCAGCCCUACGCUCGUGCAGUUCCACAAGAAGCCCGAAGGCGAUCAGUUCAGGAACUCCAACACAGUCCUCGUGUCCUCGGCUGCACGCAUAAAAGAGCGUGCCAAUUUGACGCGAGAAUGGUUCCUGAUGUACGCCACGCUCGUGGGUUGCGGGUAUACCAGUGGUUUAGACGGCUUCGACCCGACGCGCUUCUUCCACUUCGCGAAGCACUCGUGUUUCCAGGCCGCAGCCAACCUCCUCGCCGCCGCCGUGGAGACUCCCCUAUUGCUGAGCAAAUGGCGCCUCGUGGUAGCGGGGAUCAUCAACUCCACAUUUCCCGAGGGCAACAUCGCGCCGCCGCCGAAGUCGUUCCCUGACUUGAACGCAUUGGAGGGCUGUGCUCACCCCGCCGUGUCGCCCGACGAGGUCCUCCGGGAUCUGCCAUGUCUGCGCGACGGCUGGUUCCGCUCAUAUAGUCAGGAUAUGGUGAGUCGGUACCGCUUCCUCCUGAACAACUUCAACACGCAGAUCCACGAGAGCUGGGUAGCGCGAGAUUUAGUCCCCAUAGAGCUGAACCACCGGCUACGGGAGACGACCACGCCGGAGCAAUCAAAAGUGACACCCUUUGGCAUCGAGCCCCGGCCGAAGCGCAAAGACAUCCUCGAAAGUCCCAUCGUAGUAGAUCCAGUAAGAGUGAUACCCGAGUUAUUGAGCGCAUUCCCCUCGGAGAUGUACCGCGUGAUCAAUGGCAAACGCGUCAAGAUCGAGGCGCCCGUGUUCCGGCCGGAGGAAAUCGAACUACUAGACUGCGUACUACGGCGCGGGCUCCCCGAGGCCAAAGUGCCCAAAUACGCACCUCCCAAGAUCUCCGUGGCAAAGCGCAAACCGCCCGCCGUGCCUCCCAAAAAGCCCGCCAACGAACGCACCAGGAGCCCCGUCUCACCGCUCGCAAAACGUGUCUUCACCCCCGAGCGGCCACAACCACAAUCACAACCACACGCAUUGCGGCCCAAGCCGAAGACAAAGCCAUCCCUACAAUCUCUACCCCCACUCAACACGCAUCUCCCCGUCCCGAUAGCGCUACGCGACGUCGACACGAGCAGCAGCCCGACAUGCAUCCAUUUCCACGAGGACCUGACGCUGCCGGGCGAGCUAGACUGGCACAACCCGCCUCUAUCAUCCAGCCCGCCCAUGACCAGCAGUCCGCUCUUGCAGCUACCCGUGAGUCGGCGCGCCGACGUGCUAGCGGGCAAGCUCUCGGGGCCCGGGGGCCGCAAGGCGAGCAUAGCGCCGACGUCGCCGAUUCCCAUCAUCAAGCAGCCGGCGUGGGACCACACGGCGGGGAUCGACAUAGGCGACCUAUAACGACAACACAAAAAAAUCCGUCCAUCACGCAUCUGAUUUUCAAAGCGGCGCGGGGUAGGGGCUUAUCACCCUCCAUCACUAUCAACAUUUUCUUUUUUAAUUCUUCAUCAUCAUUACUUUGGGGAGGGGUUUUCUCGGUACCAACAACAAAAAACGACUGGGCUUUACAUCUAUCUUAUUUGUUAAUGUGGGAUCGGAGCAUAGGUAUUUCAUGCGUGCAUGCAUUCACACGGGGAACUUUUUAUGGCAUAUACUAGAUUAGAUAUACACUUCUGGACUUCCGAACUGCAAGACCACAGCUUACACUCGUUAAUAAUGUACAAUAUAUAAUAUGUAGUAGUACCUAGAUCGUGGUUCAAAAAGAUACCCAAUGCUAUCG